AUGAGGACGGAGAACGGGAGCGCGGAGUUCACAUACUUGCAGGAACUUCUUCGCUUUGCGAUCACUUCCUUCUCCCAACGCCAAAAGGCAGAUGAACACAUCAUCCGCGUUCACACAGCAGCCAUAACCAACGGGGAGCUCUUCUGGCUCGCCAACUACCCUAUGUCGUGCCCCGAGAAAGAGACAACUCCCGUCUAUGACAUGGCCGGCAGCAUCAUCUCUUCCCCUGAGGACUCUCCUUUCCGAACAGGCGAUGAGAGCUUCGCACGCACCGAUUACUCCCGCACAGGAUCCGGACACGAGUACACGGUUGCGCCCGCUCUGGAACUGGCUUCACGACCGAGGAGUGUUUCGUGGGCGGAAAGUGCAACGGUGCUGAUGAGCGCCGAGACGAUGGGGACGUGGGUUGUGCGAUUAGCUCACUGA